GACGUGUGCUGCGCGACGAGAAUAUCUAUUCUAAUCGAAACCUUCGUAAUAAGCGAUUCGAAGACGAUCCGUAUCCGUGAUCCGUCCAGAGUGGCUGCGCGAAUCCGAUUGCUUCUGACGCCGACGCCGACGCCGACGCCACCAUCUGAAAUAAGUUAUAUACAGACGCCAAUGAGUUUACCAAUGUAAACUGACGUAAACAGAUAGCGAGAGCGGAUUCUCGUGUCUUCUCGGUCAGUCCUUGGAACGGCGAGCCUUAUGUAUUGGAAUAGAACGACGACCGGUGCCGUACGAGAGGAAAUGCCGUUAAGCUCGAUAAGUCACGUCGCGAGUACUCCAACGGUGGAGAGUGUCAAUCCUGGUACGAGCGCGCAAAUCACAUCGACCUGCUGUACUCCACCGCCGUCUUACCACAAUAUAAAUUUGCCUCUCGGACAUCCCUCCACAUUGACCAACGAACGCGGCGCGCCACCCUCGUACGAGGAAGCGAUAGAUCCAAAUGCACCACCGCCGUCUUACGAUUCCUUGUUUGGCCGUAUGAGAGAAGCUCGUAAAAUAUCCAAAGGCAUAUUCGACUUUUUGAAAAAUAUCGUUUUCCUACUCUUGGGUACAAUUGGAUGUACCAUCAUUCUUGGAGUAACGAUAGUGGUACCAAUUUGCAUGAUGGUGAUCGGUGGACUGUAUCUUUACGACUGUCCACAGGGUGAAUACAUUCCCGUAUACUUGUUAGUAGGCGGUGGAUUUGGAGUAUUUAAACAAUUGUUAACUUUGUCAGCUAGAGUACGACAACGUCAAGAGGAAAGAGACGAAGAAAGAAUCAGACAAUCGCCUACACAGACUUUGAUCAAUUGUUUUAUGCUCGGAUGGUUCAUUAUUGGUUCCAUGUGGGUAUAUAAGGAAUACGAACCAAAUUAUGACCCAGCAUUGGGAAAGUAUUGCAACAAAACAUUGUACUUAUUCGCCUUUUGGCUGAUCACGUCGGUCUACAUAUGCCUGGGAGUUAUAACGGCCGGUCUGUGCAGUAUUUCCGUAGCUAGCAUCGCGUUUCAGAGACCACCGCCAGACUUGAUGUGAGAUCUCAAUGUGGCUUAAUCGCUUUGUAUACAUCUACGAAAUGACACAUCUAGGAUCUUCCAUAUUUAAGAUAUACGAUCGUAUUUAUCGAUCAUAAAGAAAAAAUCCGUUACGGAUACAAAGUAUGGUUUUCCAUCUCUCAUGGAAACACCGUCCCUCCCCGAUCCCCGAUCGAUAAAUACGAAAAGAGAAGAGGUGCUGAUUCUUUUAAAGAUAUUGGAUAUUAAAUAGCUUCAAAGAGUUUAAAUAUGGAUAGCUCCGAUUUGUGUGUAUAUAAAUACGGAUAUAUACACGUUGUAAGCGGAAGAGAAAUCUCAUUUUUGGGAGCAAAGCGACGAAAAGUCACACUCGCUGAGGAUGGCGCAACAUCGCCCACAGAGUCGCUUCGCAAAGGGCGCAAAAAUUUCGUCCAUCUUUUACGUACCUGAGAUGCUUAAACGACUAUUUCGAAAGAAAUCGUUGGCACGUUAAACGCACAUAAAAUACUCUCGCGUGCAAAUGCGCGUGCACGGUACGCAUUUUAAACAAGAGAUCGUUCAAAUGAUUAUUCAUGACUAAACGCGACUAUCCCCGUAAUUAUUCAAUUUUUGUCGCGACAUUGUAUGAGAGAAUCGGAGAAAAUAAUACGAUACAUCGAAGUCAGUUGUCUCUCGCUCUUGAUAGCCUCUCGACGAAGGAAUGAAGGGGAAGCGAGAGAAAGCAAAGUAAAACUUCGACCGGCUGUGUGUACAUUUCGCGUAUUACUCGCGAAUUUUUUUAUCUUGUGCCAAGUGGACGCGGAGUCGCAGACCAAAGUAUUUUGUUAUCACAAAGUGUUGCUCGCGUCAGUGCGCACUACGGUUUAUAAUUAAAUUCGUUAUAAACUUAUCGUCCAGUUAGUGCAAACUCGCGGCGACUCGCAUUACGCUUAUACAGCGACGCUUUGGUACGACGGUCUAACAUAAUUUUACGAUAAAUAAAUGUUAGUCAUCGCACAUCGUUCUCUCGAUAUACUUCUUAUCUAUGUUAAACACUUUACGGACUUGACUACAUAUAGCGUACGCAUUUCGCUUGCUCGUAACUUAUUGUUAAAAGACUGCGAACUUGUGCGUGACAAUUUCUAUAUAUUUAUUCUGCCCUCUCUCCUCCGUCCUUUUAUGCCUCUAAUCUCCGUUGGACCUUUACGUCUCGAUAUGAUUGCACGAUUCGUUUUUCUAUAAAAAAAAGUAAGUCGCACAACAUGCGAUCAAAAAAAUACGAUAUACAUAUUUUUUUUGUUCGAAAUGUCUCUUAUAAGAACUAUUAAAAAACGGCAGUAUUCGUCAGUAUUGUUUGAGCUUGCUAUUUUUCCGGAAAAAAAAAAUCAGCACGUUCCAUCGCGUCGUGCAAUACAUGACGUAAUGUUGACAUGGUGAAUUUUUGUGAUUUAUUAAACAAUUGUAUUACC